AUGGAGUUGCUGCUGAUCUGCGUUUCCCUGUGGAUAUUUCAAUGUAAUUCUGCCAGAGCAGACUCCAUCAUACACAUUGGUGCCAUCUUUGAGGAAAACGCUGCGCGAGAUGACGAGAUUUUCCAGCUCGCAAUCUCCGACCUGAGCCUGAACGAUGACAUUUUGCAGAGCGAGAAAAUCACCCACUCUGUGAAACUUAUCGAGCCUAACAACCCGUUCCAGGCGGUCCAGGAAGCUGGCGAAGUGGUUGGAGGGGUAUGGGGAAGGGGCGGAGGGAUAAUGGGACAUAGCUGUGUCAUGAUGACCGUGGAGAGGUGUGUGUGUGGCCUUCUGUACUGA